AUGCCAGUCAUGAAGCGUACAUUCGUUUCCAUACUCUUGAUUAUCGCGUGUUUUGAGUUGCUGCUUGCUGCCGCAAAGCAAGAUGAUGAGACCCAGAAUGGCCCGCUGCUCGAUCGGCUGUUGCGCUUUCGAAGGCAAAGUGGUGGAGUGAACUAUGGCUUUCCUACAUUUCCCGAUUUUGGAAGGCAGGGACAGCUUCCUAACUUUGGACAGCAGGGCCUUGGUGGAGGAGGUGGAUUGUUUUCACGCAGCGAUUUUUCCGAUUUUAUGCCUGAUCCCUCACAAUUCAAGGGUAAUCAAGUAUGGACUACGAAGAGUUGCGUCUACGAUGAGAAGGGAAAGGAAAAGUGCGUCGAACGGCACGGCGAUAAGCCGAAACACUAGACAUGGG